AUGGCUGAUGCAGAGGAAAAGGCUAGAGCUGAGAAGCUUGCGGCCGCGAAGAAAAGGGUCGCACAGCUGCAGAAACAGAAGGGAAAGAAAGGGAAGAAGGGAGAAUCUAGCAAACAGGCCGCUGCAUCAGCAGAGGCGGGCGACAAAGCGCCCACUCCCGAAUCUAAACAGGAGCAGGAGCCGGAGCCAGAGUUAGAACAAGAGCCAGAGGCAGGUUCUCCAAAAGACAUGGCCGUUGAAAAGGAGGAUGCCGAAGAAGCGAUUGUAGAGGAACGAGAUGAUGGAAGCGAUAAGAAAGAGGAAAACAGCGAGGAAUCACUGCCUAAAGUCCGAUCUCAUGGUCGACAGCCAUCGAUAUCUGUCCAAUCCAAGCUGCGCUCGUCGUCCUUUCGUCAAGAUUCAAAACUACCUGGAAUUAACCCGACUGCGUCUGGCGUUAAAUCGCCCCCAUUACCUUUAAGUCCCGAUGGAAGCACAGCACCGGAAAUGUUUAGGAAACAAGCCAUUAGGCUAGAGGAACUGGAGAAGGAGAACAAACGGCUAGAAAAGGAAGUCGAAGUGACAAGUGCAAAGUGGAAGAAAUCAGAAGAACAGCUUGAUGAUCUGCGAGAAGCCAGUACCGAAACCGUUGAGCUUAAGGAAAGGCUUGCGAAGGCCGCAAAGCAGGCGGAAGAAGUUGACAAGCUUAAAGCGGAGAUAAGUGCAUUACAACGACAGAAUUCCCAUCUUCAAACCCGAUCACAUCGACCAUCAACCAGUAUCGCGGUGUCUGGGAAUUCAGAUUCACCAGCCUCUGAGCUCCUUAGCCAAUUAGACGCUAAAUCUGCUAAGAUUGAGAAUAUGGAGAUGGAAAUCUCUAAUUUACGAGCCCAACUGAACUCUCAAUCUACUCACUCCUCAGCGCAUGAAGAGCAGAUUUCAGCUUUAGAGGACAAGCUAUCUCGCAGCGAAGCUGCAUUAGAAAAAUCACAGCGCGAACUUGCCGAUACCAAACAAGCUGUUACUCGAGCAGCUGAAAAGGCAGUUAAAGAAGGUGUAGACAAGACGUCGACAGAAACUCUCGUUAAGAGUUUAGAACGUCAAUUGAAGGAAUCCGAGGAAGCCAAAUUUGAGGCCGAUAAAAAGGCAGAGCUACUUGAGAAAAAGCUGCAAGCCCUAAGCAACCUUCAUAAAGAGUCUGAAAGCCGGCAUCAAGUCCGUAUGAAGGAAAGGGAUAAAUUUGAAAAGGAUGUAGCAAUGUUAACGAGGAAGCUGGCUACGACCGAAAAUGAAAAUUUAAGGCUUAAGGAGGAACGGGAUAGGUUACGGAAGCGUGAAGCGUCGGGCACAGGAGCUGAUGAGGGUCUGGACGAACUCGAAGACGAGGAGCGACUCAAUCUUGAGCGUAAAGUUCGAGACUUGGAGGGAGAAGUAUUCGAUCUUCGUCGAGGUAUAUGGAAGGAGCGAAAACGCGAGCUCUCGACCCAUAACGAUGGCGAUGGUGCUCAGACCGAUACCAAAUCAGUUACUAGCACAUUUGAUGAUGUCGACCUCACAGGAGGUGCACCAGGUGGUCACAGCUAUACCGGUCGCCGCAGCGUCACCCAGAGACCGCAGCAACACUCGUCUUUUGCAACUGUGUUUUCCAGUGGCCUUGCUGCCUUUACUGGCACGCAUGAUCAAGAUAGAGGCUAUAAAAGCUUCGAUUAUGGCUCCCACGCAGACCCGAAUGACGAUCUUUUAGAUGAUGAUGCGUUUGAUGAGGAUGCAUUUGCUCGUGCGCAGGAGGAAGAGGAGGCGAAGAGAAGGGUGGAAUGGGCUAGGGAAAUUAAAGGAAAGCUGAAGAAUUGGAAGGGUUGGAGGUUAGAUCUUGUGGAGUGUAGGUAUGGUGCCCAGGGGGCCGGAGUAGGAUUGGGGGAGAUUUUUGAGGCAUGA